AUGAUCUACAAAGCGCAGAUACGUCCUGUUCUAGAAUACUGUUCCCACAUAUGGGGUUCAGCACCAAAACAUACGCUGAUGCUCUCAGAUUCCAUCCAGAGGAGAGCCAUUCGCCUGGUCGGCGACCUUUCACUUUUCUAUCGAUACUUCCACGGGAAAUGUUCUUCGGUAAUCUCUGCUAUCAUCCCUUCACUAGCAAUACCAAUCAGACGAACUAGACAAGCCCAGUCAGCACAUCCUUUCGUUGUCAACCUCGAAAGAUGUCGAACAGCACUUUAUCAAGACUCCUUCAUCCAUAGAACGGCUAGGCUCUGGAAUUCAUUGCCUGUGGAAUGUAUUCCUCUUCAUAAAAGAUUUUCCUUUUACUUUGUUACGAAAUAUGGGCUUAUACCAACAGCUUAUGGAUUAAUUAUUGAUGAUUCAGCUUCCAGAGUGUACGAUACUGCGACGCCUGCUACUAAAAAGCAACAAACUGCCCUAAAAAAUAAACUCCUAGAUGGAGACACGUCCUUUUCAACUCACUGCCGCUCUUUCGAAUCUCAAAUAAGGGAGCUCAAUCAGCAGUUCAAUAGCGUCAAGGAGAAAGUUGGAGAUUUGCACCAAGACAUUACUGCUAUAAGGAGAGCACAGACGCCACCGUUGAUAGCACGUUAUGAGGUGUUGAUAAGAGAGUGCUUGCAUCUCGAUCAGAACUUGGAGAGACAACAACAGGAACUGGACAGAAUGGCAACUGCUUUCGAUGCUUCUUGGGAAGAACAACUGUGGAGAAUACGAAUGGAACAAGAAGUUUUCAGUUGUCAGAGGGCUGACGUAAAUACUUUGAGAAAUGAACUGAAACAUUUGAGUCAGAAAUAUCAUAUCACACGUAAAUUCCGAUAUUAUACCAUUCUGAAUAGAUUAACAAUUACAUUAACAUCUAAGAACAACUUACCUGAAAUACCAGGGUUUAAAGGUAGAUGA